ACGAGGGGUAGUGGCCGGCGAGAAUUUUCCCACACCUCUGCUUCAUCCUUCCGGCCACUUCUGUGAAAACUCUACCCUACUUUGUUUUCUUUCUUUGGCCAGAAAGCCGGCGCAGACUUCGACCCUCCUCUAAUGUCGUUCAUCUUGAGCCUUUCAAGCUGGUUACGUGCAUCUGUCCUUGAAGAUGCCAGCCAUAGAAGACAAGGCUGUCGCUGAGACGGCUGCCCUGGACGACGAUGAGUUCCUCCACAGUCUGUGCACUUACGCGGGCGAUACUGAGGCAUGGGCUCGCUUCGAUCGCUCCGCCUGGCUCUCCGUCGAAGUCGAAGCCGCUGAGGAGGAAGCCGAUCAAGAGAAUGGCCAAGCCUCGAAUAACGAGGAUGAUGGUGGCCACGAGGGUGAGACGUCGCUUGCUCUGAACAAUGUCGUCUGGCCGGAGACUGGCCUCGCCAUGGGUGAUUUGUCCGCCGAUGGAGAUAUCUUCGUGUCGUGGGACCUCGUUGAGGGCUACCCGACCAUGUUCGUUGGCAAGAAAAACAGCCGCCGAGCUGCACCGUUCUUUACCCUGGACGGUAUUCAUGAGGACCGAGUCUGGGAUCUAUACUAUCUCCAUCAUCCUGAGAAGUUGGGUAAUCCCGCUAUAUUUGUGCCAACUUACCAGUUCGAGGAUCUCUUGCACGCGAUCAACGCCAAGCUCGAAACCGAGUUGACUAUCCCGCCGGGUCCGAACCAUGGGGACUUCAAGAUGUCGUUCGGUCUCGGUAACAGCCCCCGGCCGCGCUUCUUGGGUCGCUCAAACAGCGCCGAGUGCUUCAAAUCUCUGUGUGCGGCUAUCCCGGCGCCCAAGCCCGAAGACGAUGUGGGCAACGCGACCGAGCUUGGCAAGAAGGAGUUUAUGAGCCACCUCUAUGUUGUUCAGAAUGCCAAGAAGAGAAAGCUUCAUCAGCCCUCCAAGUCGGAUAACAAAAGGAGGAAACGGGUCACACUCCACAAAACCUGGGGCAAGUCCGUCAAGCGAGUCCAGCGUUACCUCGGUCUCCGUAAGAAGCUUUCGCCUGAGUCGACUGUUGCGGAUGGCGUUCGCCCGACUAUUGAUUUUCACUCUCCCAUGGUUCAUGAGCCAGAGAACUCGGUGUUAUUCGUGGCCAUUGAUACCGAGGCAUGGGAAAAAGACCACUCUGUCCUCACCGAAGUCGGCAUAGCUAUGCUUGAUACGAACGAUAUCAGAUCUGUUGCGCCAGGCGACGGCGGCAAGAACUGGUUCCCGCUCAUCCGCGCUCGUCACAUCCGCAUUGAGGAGAACAGGUGGGCUAUGAACGGCCAGUUUGUCCCAAGCUGCGCUAAGAGCUUCAACUUUGGGACGAGCGAGUGGGCCAAGGUGGCCACAAUCCCCUCGAUUCUCCAGCAGCUGAUUGACAAGGCAACCUUGGUCGACCCCGCUGACGGCACCGUCAAGCCGCGCCACGUGGUCCUCGUUUUCCACGAGCGCAGCGCCGAUAUCAAGUAUCUCCAGAGCUCGGUGAAAUACAACAUCACCGAUGCCAUGAAUGUUCUGGACGUCGUGGACACCAAGGAGAUGCACCAAUAUGCGACCCAGGACCUCAAUGGAAGAGCCCUCGAGACCGUCCUGAAGUAUCUGGAUAUCCACUACGAGAAUCUUCACAAUGGCGGCAACGACGCUGUCUACACGCUGCGCGCCAUGAUCGGCUUGGCUGUGGAUAAGCGCCUGAAGAGCAUCGCAAAAGCCGAGAAAGCUCGCAACGAGCCUAUGGACCACAUUCCGUUUGCCGAGUUCAUGGCGAAGGAGAGGGAGAAAGAAGGAUGGUCCAGUGGCGGCGAGGAGACUGAUGGCGGAGAUGCUCUCGGCCUUUUCGACCUU